AUGCAGAGAAGAAAAUAUUCAGAAAACAUAAAAAAUUUCAACCAAAUUUUGGAGGAAAAGAGAAAUUUAUCUGCUUUGCAAAGAAAAAUUGAAGGGCUGAGAAGCAAAAGAAGAAAAAUGAAACUUUUGGUUAAAAUUUCCGAUGUGAAAAUUGACAGCCCAAAUUUAUUGGCAAAUGAAAUUGAUAGCACGCCUACUACUCUGGAGAGGAAAAUGAUAAAGCCAAAUUUCGCGAGCUUUUUCAGCUUGGUGAUGUUUGCGAAAGAAAAAAAUAUGAGAAUCAUCAAGCAUAGGAAAUCUGAGACGCCUACUGUUAAAACAGCUAAAAAUGAAAGCUUCGGAGAAAAUCCUAUACUUAAUAGAAACAAAAAUACUUCUAACCCCCCCUCCGUGAGUGAACAAAACCAUUAGAAAAAUCGCUAUUUUUUGCCCAAAAACCCACCCUCCGUGAGUGAACAAAAAUUUUUUUAAUAGAAAAAUUUUUUGAUGGAAAAAAUUUUUGAUAUAUAAAUGAUAAUUAGUAUAAUGAAAUCUAGAGCUAAUUCUGUUUAAUUUCAAACGAAUUGCUUUUUAAAACAUAAAUUUUAUAAAUUAAAUUAAUAUUUGCUUUCCAAUUUUUGCGAAUUAGGAUUUUUUUAAAUUUCGAAAAAAAAAAAUUUUUUAUAAAAAAUUUAUAUAUAAAUUUUUUAAAAAAAAAAAAAUUUAACCCCCCUCCGUGAGUGAACAAAAUUUUUUUGUUCACUCACGGAGGGGGGGAGUAAGAGAGAAUUUCAUAGUCCGUUAAGAGCAAGGACGCCAGGAGAAGUAUAUAAACCUUUGCUCAACAGUAGAGCAAGAUCAGUUCGAGAAGUUAAAAGAAAAAAGAAUUUUCAAAGAGACCUCUCUAUUUCUCAGUCACCAAUACCAGAAAAAUCCAAUUCCAUAUUUGAAGAUGGGCAACUGAUAUAUUUGCUUGGAAAUAGGAGUGCUAAAGAAUGUAAAAUAUUUAAUAAUCCAUUUAUCUAA